ACUCUUCGGAUCGUAUCGGUGAGUGCCUUUCCGCCCAUCAGCCGACACUCCCAACUUCACCAGCCGAGUGCGCGGGGAAGAAGUCGAUUUAUUGUACUUUUCCGGUGGGAGUAUUGUUGAACUUGCUGAGACAGAUCUGCAGCCAUCAUGGUUAGCAUCCCAGAAUACUACGCAGGGAAAAAGGUGCUUCUGUCUGGAGCAACUGGCUUCAUGGGAAAGGUGCUCCUGGAGAAGCUGCUGAGGUCCUGCCCGGAGGUCGGAGCCAUCUAUGUGAUGGUCAGGUCGAAAGCGGGGCAGAGCCCUCAGGCCCGGGUCGCUGACAUGACCAACUGCAAGCUGUUUGAAAAAUUGCAAGCAGAGCAGCCAGACUUUGCAGAGAAGAUCAUAGCAGUGAACAGUGACCUCACUCUGCAAGAGCUGGACCUGAGCAAAGAGGAUCAGAGCGUCCUGGUGGAAAACGUCAACAUCGUCUUCCACUGCGCCGCCACCGUCCGCUUUAAUGAGCCUCUCAAAGAUUCAAUGCAGCUGAAUGUCCUGGCCACGCAAAAGAUGUUGGCUCUGGCCCACAGGAUGAAGCACCUGGAGGUUUUUCUUCACGUCUCCACAGCUUACGCCCACUGUGACAGAGACGUCAUCGAGGAAGUCAUCUACCCUCCCCCUGUAGACUACCGCAAACUCAUUGAUACUCUAGGCUGGAUGGAUGAUGAUCUGGUGUCAACACUGACUCCUAAACUGAUUGGAGAGCGUCCCAACACCUACACGUUCACCAAAGCUCUGGCUGAGUAUCUGGUGCUGCAGGAGGCGGGAGACCUCAACAUCGCCAUCGUCAGACCCUCCAUUGUUGGAGCUAGCUGGCAAGAGCCCUUCCCUGGUUGGAUUGACAACUUCAAUGGGCCCAGUGGAAUAUUUAUUGCAGCUGGAAAGGGGAUCCUGCGUACGAUGAGAGCAUCUAAUGAUGCCGUGGCAGACCUGGUACCAGUAGAUGUGGUUAUAAACACCACUCUGUCUGCAGCUUGGUUCUCUGGAUCACAGAGGGUGAACAGAUCUAAAAACAUCCUGGUGUACAACUGCACAACGGGUGGGAUCAACCCGUUUCACUGGGGGGAAGUCGAGUACCAUGUAAUAUCCACAUUCAAGAGGAACCCCCUUGAACAGGCUUUCCGCAGGCCAAAUGUUAAUCUAACAUCCAAUCACCUAAUCAAUCAGUACUGGAUUACCGUGAGCCACAAGGCUCCAGCCUUCCUCUAUGAUCUGUACCUCAGGCUGAUUGGACGAGAGCCCAGAAUGAUGAAGACGAUCACUCGCCUCCACAAAGCCAUGAUGGUGCUGGAGUAUUUCACCAGCCAUUCAUGGGUCUGGAACACAAACAACGUGACCAUGCUGAUGUCCCACAUGAGCCCCGAGGAUAAAAAGGUGUUUAACUUUGACGUACGUCAGCUGCACUGGGCAGAGUACAUGGAAAGUUACUGUAUGGGAACCAAGAAAUACGUCCUGAAUGAGGAGCUCUCGGGGCUGCCGGCUGCACGCAAACACCUCAACAAGCUGAGAAACAUCCGUUACACCUUCAACACCGUCCUGGUGGUGUUCAUAUGGCGCAUCUUUAUAGCCCGGUCCCAGAUGGCCCGAAACAUCUGGUACUUUGUGGUGAGCCUCUGUUUCAAAUUCCUCUCGUACUUCCGAGCGUCCUCCACCAUGAGAUAAUGAGCAGAGUUUGGGGCGGAGAGAUGGAGGAACGCAGAAAACGACGCCGGCUGCGGACGAUGAGAGGUGUCUGCACCCAAAGCUCCGGUUUCCCUGAUGAGCAAAUAAAGAAAACAAAACGCCAUGGACACACACAAAGAAGAGCUCUGGGGCGAGACCGGAGUCUGCAGCGGCCUAAGACGGUGAAUAUCUCUCUGUCACUUGAUCAAACCCAGGAUUUGUCUCUCAGGCUCAUCAUAGAAAAGACUUCUGAACGUUUGAGCUCCUCUGGUGCCACAUUUUCUUCUGCUCACUUCUUGAAAAGCUAUGCAUCAGAUGACGCUCCGCUCCAAAGCUACA